AUGCCGAACUCCGAAUCUCGGACAGACACUCAGUUCGCAACAACCGCCUCGGGCGACGAUGGUCUUUAUCAUAACCACAGCUUCUCUGACAACGAAGGCUCCGCUGUCGAGGGUAAAUCUUCUCACGACGAUGAAAUGUAUAGCGAGGUGUCCACUGACAGUGAAGAGUCAUCUUCAAUGACUAUCACCGUCAAUGGAUUCCGCUGGUGUCACUGCCAGAUUGCUGGCUAUGAUGUAGAUCAUUUAGCACUCCAGCAGACCGAAACCUCCUUGCACUCAGCACAUGCUGCCGCUCUGUCCUAUGCCAUUGGUGACUUCGGUAGGACUCUCCAUGUGCUCGGCCACGUCCACCACGAUGCUCCUCGGCCGUUCAGGCUGACAUUCGGAGCGGAAUGGGACAUUGAGGACACGAAGGCGGCACUAGUCCAUCUGACCAAUGUUAAUGGUGGCAUAUGGCUCGACCAGCUGUCCAUCACUCAGGAGCCAGCAGAAAUCGCUCUCUUCUUACCACGACUACCACAGAUCUACAGUAUCCUAGAGGUUGUGGUAUUACUGCCCAAUGCUCCCUGUUCCUGUUUGCAGUCGGCAGUGGACAGCUAUCUCAACGGGAGCGACGAUUUUAGGGAUGGUGACGGCAAUUUCCACACGGUCCGUGUCAUGGAUAGUUGCUACAACGCACUUCCGAUUUCGUCCUACCAUUCACGCUUCUGGACAAUGGUCGAGUUCAAAUAUGCCAGAUCGAUCAGAGCCUACUUUGUGAGCGUUGCUGGACCAUGUGGAGCUAAGACGUCCAGGUACAUCCAACACAAGUUGUGCGAAAUCCGAAGUUUAGGUGACGAACACGAAUUGGUCGACAUCUCCGAUGAGAAAUGGCUUGAAUGGCAUCUUGAUUCUUCACUCGCGUCCUUUGAAGGGGGUGUUGCGAUGUGCAUUGGAUCUGGGUCAAUAGCUCUUCUGCGAACAGCACAGUUCUUCCUUGGGACGCCGUUGCAUCGCAAAUACAGACUAAAAGUUCUGGGGCCACCUUUGUACAGCACAAACCAUCGUGCAACAGUGGUGUCAGACAUGGUCAGCGUUGUGUUUGCCUCAGAUCGCCGCUACAAGCCCCCUGCUGACUCCUCCCAUCUCAACCUCUCGGCGCUGCUAGAGGAUGGCCUGCGCCAGAGAGAGCGGAAUUACUGUCUUCAGUAUUUGACGACUAUUCCACAGGGACUGUUGGUGCCCGUCAACGAGAUGAACACGCGAAAUACAACACUGUGCCGGCCGACAAUGUACAUCAACAUCGUCAAGGUCUCGACUGCAAUUGAUUUAUACGGUACGCUACUUGCAAACCAACCAUUGCAAGCAGGUGGCUACAUUCUUAUGAAGUCACGGCGCGCCGACCACGGCCUCAACACGCGUAUGCACAAUAUAGCCCCAUUUCAUCGAUUUUUGGCGGAACGCAGCAUUUUCGGCGUUGUCGAAGCUUUCGCGACUAUGCAGGCGAGACAUUCUUAUCUUGAUCUCUUUAGUUUGAGGGCGAAGUACAAGAAUCGGCCCCUGGGUCUCCUUGAUGACUGGGCACGAAAAGUUGCACGUGGCGAUCUGGAAGACCCUGCUGGCAAGUGGCCAACCCUUGACCACCAGCGGGCCGUUUUCGUGGAAGUAUGCAGAUACUUCUAUAUGAAGAAUGAGCACACGCCUUAUGCCUCCACGGAGGGCUUCAGCAGCAUCGAUGUCCAUGAGGUAUGCUUCGAUAUUACGUGCGACGCUUUGGGCAUAGACCGAGAUGUUGCUCACAAGUAUGAAUUUGGCCUCGUCGUUCACUCUGGUCCGGCUGUCGUUCUGGGAUUCUUCAACGCGGAGGCGUGCGCGGCUCUGUGUGAUGCCGAUGAAACUAUGUCUGGGGCUGUCGAGGGACCGCGAAGCUCACAUAGCCGGCUCCGUAACAGAGACCAUAUGACAGUUUCUGUACUCGACCACGCCUCCGAGCACGGAAACAUAACUUACGAGACCCAGCAGCUAGGCAACGUAGCCUUGGAGACUGGCCGCGAGGUCCCAGCGUAUGGGGUCAUUGGUGUGUGGGCUAUGGGCUUGAUCGAUGAUCCUGCAAUCGGCGCCGACCUCACUGAUAUUAUCGCAGAGUGUGAUGCUGUGCUGGUUUGA